GAAACGAUCAAGCUCCACACCUCUGUAUUUCCUUUCACUUAAUAUUCUUGUCAUUUGCUCCACACGUUUGUUUCUGUCAGUCACCAACACGCACAGAUCUUUACCAGAUGGAGAACUCUUUGUUGACGACAUUCACGGCGCUUCUGCUCAUUAGUAUUCAACAAGGAAUAACCUCUUCGGUAAACUUCAGCUCAGAAGCUCCGUCAACCACACAAAAAAAUUAUAUUAGUAAUACACUCAAACCCAACACACCAACCCCAUGCCAGAACAUCACUCGAUAUAUCACUCUGCCUCCUGUUCUUGCCCGGGUGAAAAUUUCCUGGAAGAAGGGGAGUCAUUGUGCGGGUCAGCUCUAUCUCUCUUCCUCUGAACUACGUGAGGCUCCCUUGUGCAACACACCUGAAGUCCUGAAGUGGUUGAGUAAACUAUGUAAAGACACAAGAUGUGGGGACUUUGAGAACUUCAAGGUCACAUCCGAAGAUGUUAAAGGUUAUUUUGUCAGCAGGAAUAUGACAGUGAGCACAGCUUCCUGCCAAGGACUGCAUGUCAUUUGCCAAGACCCUCAUGGAAAAGAACUGGCUGCUUAUAAGGCAGUAACUGGCAUAUUAAUUUUCUUGAUCUUGAGUGUAAUUCUCCUUCAUUUUAGUCGGCCCACGUUCAAAGCCAUCCGCAAAAGAUUUUCACAGAAACGUCAGAAUCAAUGGAUCGGACCGACUCAGACUCAAAGUGUGUCUUAUCACAGAGGUCAAGCUGGCGGUCAAGCAAACAACAAUACAGUAAAGCGUCAGUCAUAUCCUGGUUUGGAAAAGCUGACGGUAAACCAGAGUAGGGAGCCCUCGUCCAACAGAAACAGUGACUAUGAUUCAUACGGAUGCAAUUGAAGGCCUGUGCCCACAAAUUACUUUAAUAUUGAUGGGAGAGCCGACCACUCUGUGUUAGACGUCAGUGUCAUAUUGAAUCAGCGAUCAUGCUGUUGGACGGUUAAGUUGAUCUGACAUUUAGCAAGUCAUGCAAGUCGUGUAAAUAUGUGUGAGACAAACAGCUGAGAAAUCCAUUUAGAGUAGUUUUAUUUUCAAAAUUUCUUUGUAAUGCUUUGUGGGCUUUGUUUUAUUUUUUGCAAUUACUUGAUUUGCAUUUGUGUUCUGUAAAAAGUUGUUACAUUUAGAACUAUUCUGAUUUUUUAAAUGGUGUUUAGUUAAUGUAGUCAGGUUGAUUUAGUCAUAAUAGACAAUUAUUUAUGACUUUAUGAAACAAGUUCAUUUUGAUUGACAAAACCUGACAAAUUCAAACAUUGUAUUGUUGAUGUUUCUUUUAAAAUUACCAGAAAUUACCAGAAUGGAAUUUUGUAAAGAUCAGAUGAACCAGUUGAAAAAUUGCCAUUUUGUUAAAUUAUACAAGUGAUUGAAUGUGCU